AUGUGGAUGCAAUACGGAAAUAUGUUGGGUGAUGUGGAUGUGACGAGUAUGAAUGUUAUUAGUGGAACACGAUUUCCACGAGAACCGACUACGACAACUUCAUCAUCAACAACCACAACCACUACAACAACCACUACAACCACAACAACCACAACAACAACCACUACAACAACAACAACAACACCAAAAUGGACAAUGACAGGAAACAUGAGUGUCGCACUGUAUGGUCACACAACAUCCACACUGGCGAAUGGAUCAAUAUUAGUGACUGGUGGACGGGACAACAGUGGUAAUUAUCUCAGUAGUGCUGAAUUGUACAAUCCAUUAACAGGUACUUGGGCAACUACAGGAAACAUGAAUUGCACACGACAACUACACACAGCAUCCGUAUUAGCAAAUGGAUUAGUAUUAGUUACUGGUGGAACCAAUAGCAGUGUUUAUUUCAAUAGUGCUGAAUUGUACAAUCCAUUAACAGGCACUUGGACAACCACAGGAAGUAUGACUUUUGGACGAGGAUCUCACACAGCAUCCACAUUAUCAAAUGGAUUAGUAUUAGUUACUGGUGGACAGAACAAUACUAGUACGUCUAUGUCUCUCAAUACUGCUGAAUUGUACAAUACAUCAACAGGUACUUGGACAACUACAGGAGGCAUGAAUGUCCUACGAUAUCGUCACACAGCAUCCACAUUAGCAAAUGGAUCAAUAUUAGUUGCUGGUGGACAGAACACCGGUGGUUAUCUCAAUACUGCUGAGUUAUACAAUCCGUCAACAGGUACUUGGACAACCACAGGAAGCAUGAAUACCGCACGAGAUCUUCAUACAGCAUCCACGUUAACAAAUGGAUCCAUAUUAGUUGCCGGUGGACAGGGAAACGGUAGUAGUUAUCUAAAUAGUGCUGAAUUGUUGAAUCCAUCAACAGGCACGUGGACUACCACAAGAAGCAUGAAUGUCGCACGAUAUUCCCAUACAGUAUCCACAUUAGCAAAUGGAUCAGUAGUAGUUGCUGGUGGACAGAAUAUUGGUGGUGCUCUCAAUAGUGCUGAGCUUUAUUAA